AUGUCAGAUCAUGAUAUGUCAGAUCAUGAUAUGAUAUCCAAUUGUGCAAUGAAUAUGCUUUUCAACUGGCAAGUAAAAGAUAUAUGCAUUGUUUUUGAGUGGUGGCACAUUCAUACUGCAGUUGAACUACUGCUGUCAUGCAUUGCUGUUUUUAUGAUUGCUGCCGGAUAUGAAUAUUUACGUGUAUGGUCAAGUCAAUUAGACGAACAAUGGUCACAAGCAGAAAAGAAACGAUUGAUUGAACAACAAACGCUUAUGGUGGGCAUAGAAGGAGACGAAGAAGAGACAACACCUCAUCCUUCAAACAGUGUUGGAUACGCUAGAAAAGAAUGUUUAGUAAAAAAUCGUGCUGCUCAACGUUUUGGCAAACAACACAUUGUGCAGUCUAUUUUUUAUGCUUUAUUGGUUGCUAUUAGUUUCUGGCUGAUGUUGGUGUUUAUGACAUAUAAUGGAUAUUUGAUGAUUGCUAUUAUUUUAGGCUCAGGAUUUGGACAUUUGAUGUUUGGUAGACAAUCAAAAAUGAACCGUAAUAUUCAAUGCCAUUAA